GGUCGGACCUGGGUCUGUUUUGCAGUGUAUACACUCCCAGCUUCCGGUCCUUGCUGUAUUCUUUGCCGUUACUCGGAGACACAAAGCGACUGGAGCUGGCUAUUGCUGAAGGAUGGCCUCUGCUCCUGUAUAGGACGUGCACGUAGCCGCCGAUCAUCAUGUGAGCCGCCCCGCGGACAUGUCACUGCCCUGAGCAACGGGCCCUCCAUGCAGGAUGUUCGCUGCCCGGAUCGCCACUGACGUGCCCUCGAGAGAGAGCGGAGCCAGCGGGGCAGGCAGGGGGGUCCCUGAAUGACAGCCCCCGCAGCCCCAACAUGGAGGUGGUGGGAGAUUUCGAGUACUGCAGGAAGGAUCUGAUCGGGCAUGGUGCCUUCGCCGUGGUGUUUAAAGGGCGGCACAGAAAGAAAACAGAUUGGGAGGUGGCGAUUAAAAGCAUUAAUAAAAAGAACUUGUCAAAGUCCCAGAUUCUGCUUGGAAAAGAGAUUAAAAUUUUGAAGGAACUUCAACAUGAAAACAUUGUGGCUCUUUACGAUGUUCAGGAACUGCCCAACUCAGUUUUCUUGGUCAUGGAGUACUGCAAUGGAGGAGAUUUAGCAGAUUAUUUACAAGCUAAAGGAACUUUGAGUGAAGACACCAUUCGAGUCUUUCUGCAACAGAUCGCCGCUGCUAUGAAGGUGUUACACAGCAAGGGCAUCAUCCACAGGGACCUAAAGCCACAGAAUAUUCUUCUCUCUUACGCUACUCGGAAGAAGCUCAAUUUCAGUGGCAUCCGGAUAAAAAUUGCGGACUUUGGCUUUGCUCGGUAUCUGCAGAGUAACAUGAUGGCUGCUACGUUAUGUGGUUCUCCAAUGUACAUGGCUCCAGAGGUUAUCAUGUCACAACACUAUGAUGCAAAAGCAGAUCUUUGGAGCAUAGGAACCGUCAUUUAUCAGUGCCUAGUUGGCAAGCCACCAUUCCAGGCAAACAGUCCUCAGGAUCUGCGAUUGUUCUAUGAGAAGAAUAAGAACCUUGUUCCAAGCAUUCCCGGGGAAACCUCUCCAUAUCUGUCUGACUUGUUGCUGGGACUACUUCAGAGAAGCCAAAAAGACAGGCUUGACUUUGAGGGAUUCUUCAACCACCAUUUCCUUGACCAAGUGUCCGCAGUCAAAAAAUCCUGUCCUGUCCCAGUGCCUACAUACUCCGGGUCAAGUAUAUCAGGCAGCUCCUGUGGAAGCUCGCCUUCUUGUCGAUUUGCCUCUCCUCCUUCUCUGCCAGACAUGCAACAUAUCCAAGAGGAACAUCUUUCAUCCCCACCUUUGGGUCCUCCAAAUUAUCUACAGAUCUCCAAGGACUCUGCCAGCACAAGCAGCAAAAACUCAUCAUGUGACACAGAUGACUUUGUCCUGGUUCCUCACAACCUCUCCUCUGACCACUCAUACGAUAUGCCUACAGGCACAGCUGGGCGCAGAGCAUCUAGUGAGUUCUUGAUGUGUGGCGGGCAGAGCCAGCCUCAGGUGUCACCGCGCAGCGAGACUGCGCCUAUUCCUGUCCCAACCCAACUACGGAACUACCAACGCAUUGAGCAGAAUCUCUCAUCUACUGCUAGUCCAACAUCUAAUCCUCAUGGCUCCCCCAGCAGAUCUGGUGCAGUCAGGCGCUCAAAUACCAGCCCCAUGGGCUUUCUCAAAGUCGGCUCUGGUUCUCCCAGCUCCACAGACAUGGUGCAAGCCAUUGGACGUCGCUUGUCCACUGGUUCUUCAAGACCUUAUUCUCCAUCACCAUUAGUUGGAACUAUCCCAGAGCAGCUAGGACACUGUUGUUGUGGCCACCCUCAAGGACAUGAGUCCAGAAGCCGAAGUUCUUCAGGAGGGUCUCCAGUGCCACAGUCACAGUCCCCACAGUCUUUGUUAGGUGCAAGGCUGCAAAGUGCACCGACUCUGACUGACAUUUACCAGAACAAACAGAAGUUACGAAAGCAGCACUCAGAUCCUGUGUGUCCUUCCUAUGCUGGACAUGGCUUUAGCCAUUCACCACAGCCAGCCCGGCCUGUCAGCCUUGGCGCUUCACCUACAAAGCACAUGGGAUCUUCUCCUAGGAGCUCAGAAUGGUUGUAUAAAACCCCACUGCCCACCAUCAUUGGAUCUCCAACCAAGACAACUGCUCCAUUCAAGAUCCCUAAAACACAAGCUUCAUCUAAUCUGCUUGCUCUAGUUAGUCGUCAGGGACAGGCCAAAGACUUGUGCGAUCCAAGAGAGUUCUCUCCUUUCCAUUGCUUGCAUGGCAAUGAGAAAUCCAACACUGCAGAACAUGGAAAAACUCCUUUUGGAAGAUCUGUGAGUGCUGGAAAGUUGUCAGACCAGACAGGUAAAGCUACUCUUGGUGGACAGCAUUACCAGGGAAGCACAGACAGCCUGAAUUCUGAGCGUCCGAUGGAUACAGUUCCUUCAGGUGGUACAGGAAGUGUCCUGACUGUGCCCUCUGCCAGUACAAGAGCAGUGAUGUUUACUGUUGGAUCUCCCCCUAACAGUGCUACCCCUCCCACAUGCACACAUGUGAUAAUGAGGAAAAGGACCACCUCAGUUGGCUCAAACAGCUCAGGAGGCUCUCUUUGCUCCACUAGUGGUCGUGUGCAUAUGGGAUCUCCUUCUGGUAUUCAUAUGGGUUCAUCUCCUCCUGGAGCUGAUGCAGCCCCAAGCAUGAAAUAUAUGUCCUAUGGUACAUCCCCUCCCAGCCUGGAAGAUUUCAUCACGUUCGAAGCACCAGAACUACCUGAAGAAACUCUGAUGGAGCGGGAGCACACAGAAACUCUCAGGCACCUCAAUCUGAUGCUGAUGUUCACAGAGUGUGUAAUAGACCUGACCGUGGCCCGUAGUGGGAGUUUGGAUAUGUGCACCUCUGGUGUGUCCCUCUAUCAGAUCCAGGAGAGCGUGGUAGUGGACCAGAUAGGUCAGCUGAGCAAAGAAUGGGGACAAGUGGAACAGCUGGUGCUGUACAUGAAAGCAGCUCAGUUCCUGGCAUCUUCCCUGCAACUUGCCAAAUCGCAGAUCAAAUCUGGGAAGUUGACUCCUUCAAGUGCUGUAAAACAAGUGGUGAAAAGCAUGAAUGAGCGAUAUAAAUUCUGCAUCAGCAUGUGCAAGAAGCUCACAGAGCAGCUCAACCGCUUUUUUUCAGACAAGCAGCGAUUUGUGGAUGAGAUCAACAGUGUCACAGCAGAAAAGUUAAUCUACAACUGUGCCGUGGAGAUGGUCCAGUCAGCAGCACUAGAUGAGAUGUUCCAGCAUGCAGAGGACAUUGCUUAUCGUUACCAUAAAGCAGCACUACUGUUAGAAGGCUUAACCAAGAUCCUGCAGAGUCCCGCAGACAUUGAAAACGUCCACAAGUAUAAAGCCAGUGUUGAAAGUAGACUGUCGGCACUUUGCUACGGAGCAGUGGCUGUGUAUGAAUAGUAACAGUAUCCACUGAAACACACAAGCUAAACAAGGGACCAUUAUAGCUUAGUUCUUUGUACAUGUUACUAUGGAUUUUACAUCUGACGCUCAGAAAGAGAAACCAAAAUCCCCCUUUGAAAGCUUUCAGAGAAUAAGAACAAUCCCAUGACUGAACAUUUAAGUAUGCAGGAAGGCUGCCUUAUUUUAAAGACACUCCUUGCAAAACAUGCCUUUCAACAUACACGUGACAUGGAAGGAAAUGUCUGCAAAUUUUAACCUUGUGUAUGUAUUUCUAAUAUGUAAUAUUAAUAAUGGACUAUGGUUGCUCCGAUAAUAAAGGUGGAGGUGUUGGAAAACAGUAGCAAGACCUUCAGGAAUGAUGGCUGCAAGUUAACAGCAAAGGGACUCCAUGUUACUGAUUUGGGAGUUUCCGUCAUAAGGUCUGGACCGAAAACAUCCAUCUAUCCAUCCAUUCAUCUUUACAAAGAUAAGCAUAAGCAGAGCACUUUACACUGAGUAGGAACAGUAAAAACUAUUCAAAUCCAGCCAUGUGGAGUCUUGAUUGAGUUUAUUAUCCAUUUUGAUGUUGCUACUUGACGUUCUACUUUUAAACCAAUUUAUUUUGCACUAAUUUCUUAAAACUGUAAAUUACCUUAUAUGGAACUCUAUCAAUAUUAAAAAGGCACAAUUUACUGAGAAAAAUUAUCAUUUCAUUGUAUGUAAAGAAAAAAAAAAGUUGAAAUUGAAUAUGUAGCUUCCUAAAGACUUUACAAACUAUACAAAACAAUUUAUUUGUGACCCUUUUGUAUCUCUUUUGUCUAAUACUUGAUUACUAAUAUCUGUUUUCUUUCAUGUUUUACUUGUUGGUAUUUGCUUUCUAUACAGAUAUUGUGUGCUGCAUAUAAUGGUUGUGCAUGUGAUAACGUGCUUACUUACAGUUGUCCUACUUAUUGGGUAUUUUCCUAACAGACGUAAAUAUGUUUCACAGACAGUGUUAGAGAAGGGAGACUAUGAUGUAACAUAGGUUGUUGUGCAUGUGUGAGACUACUACUGUAUUAGAGGUGUUAAACAGUAGUUUAGGUCAGUUAAAUCCCAGUUACUGUAGCGUGGUCUUGUAAAGAGCAAAGGUUUUGUUCACAUGGCUCAAUAGUAGAUGGAGCCGUGUAAGCCACGCUCAACAAUGGCACCAAAGGUUUAGUAACUAAAGUUACCAUGUGACUUAUGUACGUCUAGGGUUUAUGCUCUCUAUAGAAGGCCAGUACUUGAUGAGGAACAUCAAUUUAGACAACAGGUGCCACUCACUUGGUUUGUAUUUUGCCAUUUUCAUUAAUGUGAAUCUUCCAAUACAGUUACGGAAAAGCCUUUUAUGUCAUUUUUGCUUAACUGCCACAAAAAAAAUGGUCAC